GCACCACAGACAAUAACAUUGUGAUCUUUUGUAAUGAUUCUGAGAACGUUCACGUGAGGUAGUAUAAUUGUCUGCAUGAGAAAAGAUUCCAUUCUCAACGGAUUUAAACCUACGAUUUCACAACCAGUGAGAUAUUCAUGGCGAUUCUACGGUUGGCAGGGUAGAAAGUGCGUGCCUGAUUGUCAAGAAUAUACCUACUUUUCUGGAAUACUCAGGCAAGUACCUGCCAAUCUGGAAUCUGUCAAAAUGCCGACCAUGUCUUCUCCCUGGUACCAACAUAGACCUCAGGUGGGAGGGUCCCUCUCUCCCCCUCCUCCUCCCCAGCCAAAGAAACUGGUCCCUCUGAGUGAUGAGGAACUGGAUGCCAUCAACAGACGGAUGUGUCGUCCCACAGAGGCCUCUAAAGCCCGCCAGGCGCUCUUCUGGAAGAUGGACGGCUUUAUGGAUAGAGGGCGCUGUGCCUGGACCAAGAUGGCGAUGUUCAAAGACGUCAAGAAGACGAUGUGGACCAAUGGAGGAACUAUCAAGAAGACUUGCUCAAUACGUCCCACAACAGUGUCAGUGUCAAGGUCAACAAUAUGUCGUCUGCCUCAGUCGUCUGUUAUGACCCAAUACCGACCAUAUACGUCUACAUAUAGAUACUGAACUGUGGGAGAAAAUCAAGUGGAUAUGUGAUCUCCAAUUAUCGUUGCUAUGGGUAAUGGUGUCUUGUUUCAACAAGAUUGCAACUCAUCCUCUGAAAAAUUUCGUCCAGACCAUAAACACAUAUGGUUUAUGUGUAUGGUUUGUGUGGAUCUGCAUAUUUUCGCCCCAGAGGACCCACGUAUUAAAAAUAACAUGAAGACCAAUGAUUACAACUAAACUUAUCACCAACGUCCACGUCUGAUUAUACUACGUUGACUCGACGCUGCAGUAUGUGAUAUAGGAUACUAUGAACGAUGAUACCUCAUCACAACUCUUGGUAAUCAGCGAGGAAUACGAAACAUUGUCACCUUGUGUUUCCUUGCAACAGAUCCAUGAAAUGAGGGAUAAUUAUUGGAAUAUCGUGAAUAUAUAAUUGUGACAUCUUCUGAUCUCAUUCAGUAUUAUUUGUACACCAAGAUAAAUAUACCAUAUAGUAAUCACACGUGCCUGAGACCUGUUGCAUACUUUGUCAUAAUAUAAGAUGACAAUUUGUCUGGAAUAUGUUCUGGGAUGCUCCGUGUUUGAGAUGUUUUAUUGAGAUGUUCUGAAAGGUUAGAAGUUCUAGUUUGCCAACAUUCCAGUAAGACUGUCUUUUGGUUUGCCAUUGUUAUUUUUGUAAACUAUUAACUGUGGUAUUAUGUGAAGGUUUAUGUUCGUAUAAAUGUCAUCACGCAUCUUUGAGGCGUGCAAGAAUCCGAUGAUCGUGGGUGAAAAUCCUGAUUAUAUGGGUUUGUCCGCACCAUAGCCGUGCUGGUGGGUGAUAGUCUAGGACCCGCAUCACUAUGGACUUUCUUCAACACGAUGCUGACACGCUGUAACAUGACUGAAAUGCCAUUCAUAUCGGCGCGAGUGAGUAUGGUUUUACGCCGCCUUUAGCACCAUUCCAGCAAUAUCACGGCGGGGGAUAACACAAAUGGGCUUCACAUUGUAUGUUGGGAAUCGAACCCGGGUCUUCGGCGUGACGAGCGAACGCUUUAAUCACUAGGCUACCCCACCGCCCCGAUUGGUGUUAAAACAAUAAGUAACUCUCCGUAUGUUAUCCCCGUCAAGGACUUUAAUGACACAAAUCAAGGAAAUUAUACAUUCAUUGUCCUGUUCACACUGACACUAAUGUUUCUCGAAAUGUUUUUUGGUUUGCGUGAAGUUUUAGAAAACAUAAUGUCAUUUAUCAUUAUUCCCUUUUUGACUUUCUUUGACAAUGUUUUACUUGCUUACUUGUGUAAUUCGCACAUUACACCUACAUUUUUAUGUAGUUUGUAUAAGUGGCAGGCGCUACCGGUAGGGCAGGAAAUUUGACCUUUUUCGCGAUCAUCUGGUUCAUCACGAACAUCUAUAUGAUUUUCACCAGUAUUUUGCCUCCCACCCCCCACCCCCACUCCCCCCAACGGAAUUUUGGCGGAUAAUCGAGGCUGGUUAUUUUUGGGCGUUGACGUUUUUUUAUUGUAGUGUGUCAGGUGUCUUGGCAGCACAUAGUGCCUACAUAAUACAAAGAAUAUGUCUUUUCCAUUACGCUUUUAAAACUAGAAUUCAAUGCAUAGCUUAUAAUGGGUUGUACUAUUUUCGAAUAAAUGCAAAUGUCAUAUAUAUGAGAGUUAGCGUCAUAAUGUCAUGAGGGAGAAAUGUCAAUUCUUUUAGCAAGAGUAUUUCUGAAACAAACCAUUUUCUUCAGACCCACAAAAGCGAAAUCAGGUGGUUUGAUAAAUAUAUACGCUUUUAUGAAAGGUUACUUUGAAUGUGAUUUGUUUUUUUAUUUAAAGUGUGCCUUUGUACAUUGUUUCAUUUAAUCGAUUUUUGGGUUUAAAAAGACGAGAGUAGACAUGUUUAGAAAAGUUUGACGACAAUAACACUUUGCAAUAUAAUAGAUUCUAUCGAGUGAGAAUGUCAAAAAUCUAGUAUUUCACCUAUACUUUUUCACUAAGCCUGAUGUUCAUCAAACCAUUUGGCCACGCAAGAUAACAAACGCUUGUCAACAUACGUAUCUUCAAAUACAGGGGUACAUAGAGACUACAUGUAACUCGUGGGGAGAACGCUGGACUGACCGAGGUCGGUUCAAGGUUGUAUGUGUCUGAUUAAAUCGGUCAAACAUUUUGGGACUAAAUCAGAGGUGACACAUCAUCUAGUUAGUACCACGGUGUUAGGUGACUGGGUAGUGUUUUCUGUCAUCUGGCUCUUCAGACAGUGGCAGGUUCUCGCGACACACACCACUAUGUCACACAGCCAGUACUGAGACAGGCUGGACAGGCUGGCAGGUUUCGCCAGAAGCGCUCGUUAAAUCCCUGCUACCAGAGAGGACGGCGAACAACAUGGCAGGUCAAUGUGCUCAAAUGGUUCUGGUUAUAUUUAAGCGACCUUAUGUGCGAUGUGUUCUUGUGCUUAUUUCAUGAUGAAGACAAUCGUGACAGUUAUCUGAAAAGAAAUGAAAACCCUGAUGAGUUUGGAGUUGUAAAUUUAGGUUGUGUAUAUGGUAACCUGUACACAGUUAUUUUCGAAGAUUUCGUGAGCUGUUUGUGGGAUCAUCUACAUUUACACUGCACUGACUUUGCUCUGACCAAAAACGGAUAAUGUUUUCUGUUUUUAGUCUACUAUUGCAAUGAUUUACCGCAUGUUGAUGACGUCACUGCUUUCGUUUUAAGCGACUCUACAAAGCUUUGAAACCACAUUAUAGCCUUUCUCUUCGUGGAUUUAAGUUACUCAUAUGUAACAAUUAAUGGUCAUUAUUAUUAACAUUUUCAUUUAAAAAAAUCAAACCCAAAAGAAAUAACAAAAAUUUAUAAAUGACAUUUUGCCUCCAUUUCUUAUCAAAUCACACCGGGAGUUUUUUGGUGUUGUUAAGACAGUGUCUUCAUUUGAUGUUAGAAGCAUUUUUAAUGGGUUUUUUUAUGUUUGCACAAGAUUUACAAUAAUUAUUUAUUAUCGUAAUAUAUAUAUAUAUAAUAUACCAUGCUAGUAAUAUUCCUAAGGUGACAGAUUUCAUGAUUACUGGUUAGUGUUGCGAGCUAAUAUACGCCAACAGGAGUACAUGUCUGUAUUACUCACUGAGAUCCCGGUGCAGCACACGUGGACUGUUCUCGCGCCAUCGUUAUGUCUGAGUCAUGAUUGACAGACUUACAAGUGCCCUGUAUAUCUGCUGCAUGAUGUUUGUAAUAAUCACUUGUAACGUGAAAUGCCAUUAAAAUGGCGACGACAGACACGGAAUCCGACUUUUCAUUUUCAGAUUCUUCAAAAUACCCUCAUGUGUCGUAAUUGUUAUACAUCACACACAUUCAGAUACAGCGUGGGCGUUCAUCUUUAAGCAUUGAGAA